UUAAAGUGGGUUAACACUCUAGCAUGUCAUCUAGAGUAUAACCCCAUGACUAAAGAACUAUUUCUAUUUCACUUUCCUUCAUUCUUCCUGGCUUGCCCUUCGCAUUCUUCUGGGACAGGGCAAAGAACAGUCUUGCAGGCAUGCGCCACCACGAAUAGGUUUCAUUGUCAAUGGGCAACAGAAAGCGAGGUUGGCUGCUUGCUCAACGAGAUUUUACUGUCAUAUCGCCUCUUGUUCGGACAAACGAAGUCACGCUCCUUGUUUUGA